UUUUCCUAUUGGAUGUUGAACGUUGUAAAUCGGACAUUGAACGCAGAAUGUGAACUUUCCAUUACGUCUACAGGGUGGAAGAACGCAACCCUUUUGUUUAUGAUCCACGCUGAAUGGUGCUUUUGCUCAUGUUAAUAGUUAUAAUAACAAGAAACACUUUUCUUGUACGUUUAAAAAGUUGGAAUUGAAUUUCUGCAAUAUGAAAACAUUAUAUUGUUUUAUCAUUAUUACGGUUAUUGGAUCCUUCACAUUAGCUAAAAGUGGAGCGCGCUCACCAGUCUUGCAGCAAGAUUAUCAGUUGAAUCUUCAAAGUGAUUAUUACGAUAGUGCACAAGCCAAAUAUUACAAGGCAAAUCCAAAAUUGGCAGAAACAGCGUCUGAGAAAUUGAAUCUUCCUUCAAUCCAGAAGAUGAAUGUUUCAGCAUGGGGAAUAAUCGGGAUAAUUUUAGGUGUAAUUAUACUUAGUACAAUAACAUACUAUGUUUUUAUAUUAUAUCCGUACGUGUGUAAGAAAGGACAGUCCUAUGAUACUAUGGAACUGACAGAUGUUAAUUCUGUGUGUACUGUUAGCGACACUCCUAACAUGCCAUUGUACCACAACCCAAGUAUCAUAUCAGGCUAUGUAUCAGUAAUUCGUUGAGACAGAGAAGUGGAAAAAAGGUAAUUUCAUAUAUUUUAUUCUAUAGUUAUAUGAAUGAUACAUUCAUUUAGGAUAUUAAUAUUUUUAUAUGAUCUUAAUGACUAUCUCAAGAUAUUUGAGUGGAAAAAGCAUUGAUAUCAAGUAUUGAUAUUAUUAGCACUUUUUAUAUUUUUUAUACACAAUAUUAUAAGAUAAAUGAUAAACUUUUAUAAGCUUUACAAGCAUUUACAGCAAUGUGUAUAAAGUAUUUUUUUAUUGCCAUUUUUUAUACCAUUGCGAUUAUGAGGCAGAUCAUAAUUAUAUCACUAAAAGUAUGCAUUUCAAACACUUGCACGUGUUACAUGCUAGCACAUGUUAACACAUUGCUUAUGGUUCACAAGAUAUUUUGUUGAUGUAUAUGUAUUGUAUUUCUUCAAUUGUACAUUGAUGAUAAAUUUCAAAACAAAUGAAUGUUAAAAUAUAAGAAAAAAGUAGCUAUGCAAAAAAAAGUUUUAUGCAAUUAUGUAUAUAAUAUGCAAGCUAUAAGAAUAAAGCGUCAUAUGCAAUGUGUUAAAUAUGUUAGCUCUACUUAACAUUUAUGUGUGAAUAUGUAUGCGUGCGCGUCUGCAUGUGUGUGUGUGUGUGUGUGUAUGAGUUUUAAUUUAUGUAAUUAAUAUAUAAUGAAUGCUAAUCAAUAUGGAAGACUCUACACAAAAGAUACAUUUGAUCAAUUGGAUGGUAAUAAGCUUAGUGUUACAGAAUGCUAACACAUAUUACAACAAUAGACUGAUUCUUGUUAUUUCUGAAUUUGGUCCCAUUAAAAGGAGAACUAAUCAAUUGUAUAUAAAGUGUACACUGCCGAAUUUCCUUACAAUUAUUAGAAUAGAUAUUAAGGUCGCAAUACUCAUAAAGAAAAGACUUUCGUAGAAACAUAUACAUAUAAAUGUAUGAUAUAUAUUUAUUACAAAUAUGAAACUGACUUUACACAUUAACUUUGUCUUAAGUAACGUUUUUUCCUAGUAAAUGGACUAAUAAAUGCGUUGUGAUAUCGGAA